UCUCAACUUUGUGAUGAUAGUACAUUUAUUUGCUCCCAACCUUGGUAAGUCUAUGCACCUAAUAGAUAUAUUUCACACACUGCGCUGCCACGUCUGACCGGGGAGAUGUAACGUUUCCAGAUACACUACCGGUAGGGCAGGGAAAGAAUGUCUAUGGACUAAUUGCAUAGACCUGUUUGACUGACCUUUUUCUCGAAGAGUCAUAAUCCUUCACGAACUGAUAACGGCGUUUUUUUGUUAUUAACUGCUUUAAUUUAAAUUCCAGAUCCUCAUCUAUGAAGCAGAGAUUACUGAAAGGCAAACAUCUUCAGAGACUACCACAUCGCAUCCAGCGAGAUGGGUACAUCUAUGAUGAGAGCUGAAGACAUUAUCACCAAAUUGCCGUGCGAUACAGAAAGCGAUGCAAUGUUGGAAAGCGACUAUUUUUUGUCAAAUUAUGGUUCACAAAAUUCUUUAUGCGUGAGUUCAAAAUGCACCGAUGUGAGCGUCGAAAGGAUAGAUGGAUCUUUAGGAAUAACAUUACGAGGCGGUUUGGUUCCAGAUAACCCCCACUUGAGCAGGCCGCUAAUAAUUACGCAAAUUCGGAAGAAUGGAUCAGCUCACAGAACUAGCCUCAUUCGUGUCGGCGACCGACUCCUCAAAGUAGAUCAUCAUUCGCUCAUCAAUAAGACUUUACUGGAAGCCCAACAGAUCCUGAAGGAUUGCACUAAGGAUGGGGCCAGGGGUAUUAAUAUCCUAACGAUCGAAUUCGAUGUGAGUGUGAUGGAAUCCGUGAAGUACGCUAAUGGACCUCUAUUGCUGGAGAUUGAGAGGCAAGAGGAAGAGGAGUUUGGUGUCACGGUAGGGAGUUGCUGCGAAACCGACCCGGACGAUGAGCUUUCCUCACCUUACUACAUCGAAUCCAUUACACCUGCAAGUACUGCGGACCGUUGUGGCGCUCUAUCUGCUGGUGACAGGCUUCUAGCGGUAGACGAAGUUCCUUUGAGAGGCUGGCGUGGUUCACCACUGGACGUACAGAGGCUGCUGCGUACUGCCACUAGGCUGCAAGUCAUACCUGCACAUGCUAUGGCGAGGAGGGCUAUGGCAGCAAUCACGGACGCCACUGGUAGAGGUCAAUAUGCAACUUGUCACAGUCCAUCAAGCUUCAGUACAUGGAGUUCCAGACGUUCUAGAAUAAAUAAAAACAACAGACUCAAUAGACAAAGUACAAUGAUUACGCAGAAGACGUUUGAUACCGACUGUAAACCACUUAUCGAGAUGGUGAUAUUAGAAUAUCUUUUGGCUAUUUGAUACGGCGUCAGGGGUGGAGCCAGGGAUGAGACAUUUGUAUCACUGACAUAGGUGCGGAUUAAGUUUCAUACUCCGUAUACACCAGUAUAGAUAUUUAGUACUCUCAAAUCUUACCGAAUUUGCUAUUUAGCUGAUUAAAGUACGUAAGAUUUUAUUAGUUUUUUAGAUUCCAUACCAGUUCGCGAUGUAACCGGUAGGCGAUGUAGGCCUUUGGUCUAAUACUGGCGUAGAAAUAAAUACCGGGUGAUUCAAAUUGAGUUUCUACAUUACAAGUAAAUUACAAAAAUAACCCGAACACCAUUGCGGAGGAUCAGACGCGAAAUUACCAAUAUAGGACCCGAUUUGUGCCAUAGAGUAGUUGAAAAUUUUUCGAGACGGAUUACGUCAUGCCACAUGAGCCGCUGCAGUCAAGUAACUACUUGAUAUCAUAUUUCAUGCAUAAUUGCAAUGAACUACCCUCAAAGGGAAAAUAAAUAUUUUUCUUUAUAAUUUUCAAUUUCUCCUUUUUUUAAAAAUACUUUUAAUGUGGAAACUCAAUUUGAAUCACCCAUUACUAUGUGCGAACCAUCUGACGUGGAUGAUUGAGGCUGUGUUGCCAAACUUCAAUAAAAUCGCUACAUUUAUACUGAGUUGAACGGAGUUCAGUUGUUUUCUUUUGGUGGUUACGUCAAAAAGUCAUACGAAAUAAAUAUUAAAUAUAUCGUCUCAAGUCCAAGCUCGGCUCAACUAGUUUUUAUAAUAAUUAGUUCUAUCCUCACUGUGAUUAAGAAGAACACAACAUUGCUGAUUAUGUAUGUGCACAUCAGCGGCCCAUGUAAAACCUUACAACGUGUCAUAGAAAAUUUGAAAAUAGCUAUGCUUGAAUGCCUGGGAGGUAUCGAGUUAAUCUCCCAUACCUUUUUUAAUAAAUCAUCCAGAGCUGAAAAAUAUCUUAGUAUUUCGAGAUUUUCUACCUUUGAGGGCAAUCAUACUUGUCUCAUACAAUACAAACAUUUCAACCUUGGUUAACUUUCCUGGGAAUGCCAGAAUUUUUGGAAAUCUUUAUCAUGCUUCCCUUGGUCCUUUAUUUUCUUGCGAGUUUAUUACAAAAAUAACCCGAACACCAUUGCGGAGCUUAAACAGGAGAUCAGACGCGAAAUUACCAACACAGGACCUGCCACAGAGUAGUCGAAAAUUUCUCGAACUACUUCCAAAG